AGCCUUCCACUCUCGCCAAUUUAUGUUCGAAACCGCCAAAGACACAGCCCUUGGUUUCUGAUCAUCCACCCCCUCCCUUCCUCAUCGCUCGGUUCUCGAUGAAUCCUUACUAUCCAUACCCUAAUGAGCAUCGUCGUGCGCCGCCCCCUCUCGCUCCCAACGUCCUAGUUGUGCCAGCCCCCCCUAUGCCCUAUCCCCCUCUGGCUCCUGCCAUCAGCCCCGACGGCCUGCUGUACGGCAUCAAUACCCCUCCUCUCAACCCGGCCUGCUUUCCUCCCCAGGCCAGUCCCUAUCCCGUCUUCCCACCCCAGCCUUACCCCAUCGGCGCCCUGCACCAUGGCCCGCCCAUGCAGCGCAUCCACUUCCCCGUCGGCAAUCCCUAUCCCUAUCCACCCAUCCAGUCCGUUGUCCAUCGCCACCCCGGUCCUGUCCGCGCCGCAUUCCAUUCCGACCGAGACGGCUUUCACAGUAGUUCCAAGCAAGGCUUCCGAGUGAGGGGCGGUGGGGUUGCCUCCACAAAGUCCUCACACUUUGGAAACCGCAAUCCGCAGCACCACCCGAGACGACAACAUCCUCAUCCCAAGAACGCCUUUCUCUCCAAUUCAGAAGAAAGUAUGGCGUCCUCCAACAGCAGCCAUCUCCAGAACGAAGUGGCAGCAUCAGUCUCAAGCCGUGAAACGCUCUCCAACCCCUCCCUGAUUGGCGACACCGACAGCGACAUCAUCGAGGAGACUCUCUCGAUGACCGGAUCGCUGGCCGAGACCGCCACCACCCACACCGACCGCUCGGUCGCAACCACCAACUCGCUCUUUGACUGUCUGCGUACCCAGUCGUCGUACUCGUCUGCAGCCGCGAGCGAACCGUCCAAUCUGGCCCGGCGCCUCGAGCAGCGCCAGAAGCAGAUUGACUUUGGCAAGAAUACGAUCGGAUACAAGCGCUACCUUGACCAGGUGCCAAAGUAAGUGCAUCCGACCUCGCUGCUGCCACCAAUCGGAUUCAUAUCUGCCCAAAAGAUCUCUGGGCCUUUGGAUUACCG